AGAGCUGUGUAUAUUGGAGUUCAUGUCCCACUUGGAAAGCCAGGCCGUCGGCGGCAUCGACAUCGUGGGCACAGGCAUCACAGAAGGAAAAAAGAAAAAGAAACUGAUAGAGAGGAUGGCCGAGAAUCUCCAUCAUAUGACACACCAUCUCAACGAGUCCAGUUUAUCUUGGGUACUGAAGAUGAUGAUGAACACAUUCCUCACGAUCUCUUCACUGAAAUGGAUGAACUUUACUUCAGGGAUGGAGAAGAAUAUGAAUGGAGAGAAACGGCCAGGUGGCUGAAAUUUGAAGAGGAUGUUGAAGAUGGUGGUGAUCGAUGGAGCAAGCCUUAUGUAGCAACUUUGUCUCUGCACAGUCUCUUUGAACUACGAAGCUGUAUUCUAAACGGGACGGUCAUGUUGGACAUGAGAGCAAACACACUUGAUGAGAUAGCAGAUAUGGUUUUGGACAACAUGAUUGCCUCUGGCCAGCUGGAUGAAUCCAUAAGAGAGAAUGUGAGAGCGGCUCUCCUAAAAAGGCACCAUCAUCAGAAUGAGAAAAAAUUCAGCAGUCGGAUUCCUCUGGUUCGGUCUUUCGCAGAUAUAGGCAAGAAACAUUCUGACCCUCACUUGCUUGAACGAAAUGGGGAAGGCCUUUCAGCCUCCCGCCACUCUUUGCGAACAGGUCUCUCUGCCUCAAAUAUUUCCCUGAGAGGAGAAAGCCGUUUGUCAGUUCUUCUCAAUUACCUUCUUCCUUCUUCAAGAGCUGGAACCCCGGCAGCCUCAAGGUGUACAACCCCUGUAACUACCCCUCAAAACACACCACCCUCCAGUCCUACGUGCAGUCUCCUGCCAACCACAAGUGCCCAACCAAGUCCACUUCAGGGCAAGGAGUUGCUGGUGUCACCUGCCAGCGAUGAUAUUCCCUCUGUAGUAAUCCAUCCACCCGAGGAGGACUUAGAAUUGCAGGAAAGCCAGGAAAAGAAGACAGAGGAAAAUAUUGGCAAAACACCAGGGCUAUUAGCAUCUCCACAGUCAGCACCUGGAAACUUAGACACUGGGAAAAGUGGAGAUGUUAAAGGUACUGGGACAGGAGGAAGCAGAGAAAACAGCACUGUUGAUUUUAGUAAGGUUGAUAUGAACUUCAUGAGGAAAAUUCCUUCAGGAGCAGAAGCAUCAAAUGUGUUAGUGGGAGAAGUAGAUUUUUUAGAAAGACCCAUUAUUGCUUUUGUGAGGCUCUCCCCUGCUGUGCUUCUCUCGGGUCUCACAGAGGUUCCAGUUCCUACACGGUUUUUGUUUUUAUUGCUGGGACCAGUAGGAAAAGCUCCACAGUACCAUGAAAUUGGAAGAUCAAUAGCAACACUUAUGACAGAUGAUGUUUUCCAUGAUGUUGCCUAUAAAGCAAAAGACCGAAAUGAUUUGUUGUCGGGAAUUGAUGAAUUUUUAGACCAAGUGACAGUCCUGCCUCCAGGAGAGUGGGAUCCAUCUAUACGAAUUGAGCCGCCAAAAAGUGUUCCUUCCCAGGAGAAAAGGAAGGCACCUAAAUUUCCAAAUGGAUCUACUCCUAUAGGAGAGACUCUCAAAGAAGAAGGCCAUCAUGCUGGACCUGAGCUUCAGAGAACUGGAAGGCUUUUUGGUGGUUUGAUACUUGACAUCCAAAGGAAAGCACCUUUUUUCUUGAGUGACUUCAAGGAUGCAUUAAGCCUGCAGUGCCUGGCCUCGAUUCUUUUCCUAUACUGUGCCUGUAUGUCUCCUGUAAUCACUUUUGGAGGGCUCCUGGGAGAAGCUACACAAGGCAGAAUAAGUGCAAUAGAGUCUCUCUUUGGAGCCUCAUUAACUGGGAUUGCCUAUUCUCUCUUUGCCGGGCAACCUCUUACUAUCUUGGGAAGCACCGGACCAGUUCUAGUAUUUGAAAAAAUAUUAUUUAAAUUUUGCAGGGAUUACGAUCUUUCCUACCUCUCCCUGCGAACUAGCAUUGGUCUGUGGACUGCAUUUCUAUGCAUUGUGCUUGUAGCCACUGAUGCCAGCAGCCUUGUGUGCUACAUCACUCGAUUUACUGAGGAAGCUUUUGCAGCCCUUAUAUGCAUCAUAUUUAUUUAUGAGGCAUUGGAAAAGCUUUUUCAUUUGGGAGAAGUAUAUGCCUUCAAUAUGCACAAUGACUUGAAUAAACUGACUUUAUAUUCAUGUGUGUGUUCUGAGCCUGAGAAACCAAGCAAUGAAACAUUGCGUGUGUGGAGGAGUAUGAAUAAGUCUCGGGAAGAUAUAGCAUGGAGCAACCUUACAGUUUCUGAAUGUUUAAAAUUUCAUGGUGUGUUUCGUGGAUCAGCUUGUGGCCAUCAUGGACCAUAUAUUCCAGAUGUUCUCUUCUGGUCUGUCAUACUAUUCUUUACAACAUUUUUCCUCUCCUCUUUCCUUAAGAAAUUCAAGACUAAACGCUAUUUCCCAACUAAGGUGCGUUCUACCAUCAGUGACUUUGCAGUAUUUCUGACCAUAGUAAUCAUGGUUUUGAUUGACUAUUUUGUAGGAAUACCUUCUCCUAAGCUCCUUGUUCCAGAGAAAUUUGAACCCACCCGAAAAGACCGAGGAUGGUUCAUAGAUCCUCUGGGAAGCAACCCUUGGUGGACACUCUUAGUUGCUGCUGUUCCUGCUUUACUCUGUACUAUUCUCAUUUUCAUGGAUCAACAAAUAACAGCUGUUAUUAUAAACAGGAAAGAGCAUAAACUGAAGAAAGGCUGUGGUUAUCAUCUUGAUCUGCUGAUGGUUGGUGUUAUGUUGGGGAUAUGUUCUCUCAUGGGUUUACCGUGGUUUGUUGCUGCAACUGUCCUGUCUAUAAGUCACGUUAACAGCCUGAAAGUUGAAUCUCAAUGCUCAGCACCAGGAGAACAACCAAAGUUUUUGGGAAUCCGGGAGCAGCGAGUGACAGGAUUGAUGAUUUUUGUGCUGAUGGGCAUGUCAGUGUUCAUGACCUCUGUGUUAAAGUUUAUUCCAAUGCCAGUUUUGUAUGGUGUAUUUCUUUACAUGGGAGUAUCUUCAUUAAAAGGCAUUCAGUUUUUUGACCGUAUAAAACUGUUUGGAAUGCCCGCCAAACAUCAACCUGACUUGAUUUAUUUACGCUAUGUGCCACUCUGGAAGGUUCACAUCUUUACAGUCAUUCAGCUCACUUGUCUAGUUCUGUUGUGGGUGAUUAAAGCCUCUGCAGCUGCUGUUGUUUUCCCUAUGAUGGUUUUAGCUUUAGUGUUCAUUCGCAAGCUCAUGGAUUUAUGUUUCACCAAAAGAGAGCUUAGUUGGCUUGAUGAUCUUAUGCCAGAAAGUAAAAAGAAGAAAGAAGAUGACAAAAAGAUAAAAGAGAAAGAAGAAGCAGAGAGAAUGCUUUCAGACAAUGACAGUGUACACCUUGCAUACGGAGAAGCAAGUUUGAAUUUUCCUGUAAAAACCCUGAAAUACAGCAUUGAUCCCUCAGUUGUAAACAUAUCAGAUGAAAUGGCCAAAACUGCACAGUGGAAGGCUCUUUCCAUGAGUACUGAGAAUGCCAAAGUAACCAGAGCUAACCUGAGCCCUGAAAAACCAGAAAGUGUGAAAAUAGAAGUGGAAAAAUCGCAUGUUGUGAAAUAUGUGGAUGCUGAAACAUCUUUAUAGAACGGAACCAAGAGGAAUUGUGUGUAUUUGUGUGUGUAUAUAUGUAUCACUGUAGGAUAUUAUACCAUGGAAGUGUGAUUUCCAAUUUAAGGAGCAACAUAUAUUUAAUUCUACCAUUGUUUAGGGCACUGUAGAUAUGCUUGCGUAAUGCGAAGAUCUUUCCAACAAGUAAAAUGAGUGGUAAUCACACUUCAGCUAUUUAUUUUAUUGGAAAUUUUAUUUUAAUUUUUAAAUAGGAAGACUGUAAUGAAUGCUUAUUAUUUCUAAUAAUCAAUAUGCGCAUAAAAGUUACAUCAGCUUUUGCUGAUGGUUACUGGUCCACAUGGUUUAAAGUUUUGCAAUACCUCUGUUUAUAAUGUGUGCUACAGAAGUUUGUUUUCCAUGCAGGCAAUUAGUGCUUGUUUUUUGCAGGGUAUACUUUUUUUUGUGGUUUCGUAGAACAAAUAUUAAUGUGCUGUUGACAAGAACUACUGUGGUUUAUGUCUCCACUCCAUGCUAGUGUUUUCUGGAAUCUGUCUCUCCCAUUCUACAGAAGUGGUCUAGAGCCCUAAGUCAGAUGGUUAGUUAAGCCUUAAAAUAUAUCUAAAUACCCUGGUUUCCUGCUUUCUCUCUCUCUUUUUCUUUCCUUUUUUUUUUUUUUUUUUUUCCCCAAUUCUUUCUUGAUUUUUUCAUUAUUGUCCAGUAGCAGUAUGAGUGCAGUAAUUGUAGUUACAGCCCCAAGUCAGUAUUUGCCAUUCUGGACACUCCAUGUUUACACAAUAUAAUUUGAAUUUACAGGCAGCAAUUUGGUCUCUAGGAAGUUAUACAUACUCACCACAUCAGUACUCUUGAAUUCUUUUCUUCUGGUUUUUACCUGCAUUUUUUUUCUAUCAACUUUCAGAAUCUGAUUUACUCAACUCUAAGAAUGAAAUACUCUAAAAGUUUCAUGUCUUCAUCAGAUAAAUUUCUUGGGUUUUAAAUUUACUGUGUAUUUGAUUAAAUUAGCUGUAGUUUAAUUCUGGAAUAGGUUUAUGAUCAGUAUUAUUUUAUGGAUUACUAAUUGCUUGUGGUAUUUGUGUGUACAGUUCUGAUCCUCUCCAUUGUAAAGGGCAUAUAUGAUAGCACACCAACUUAUUUUUAAACGUUUUAUUUAUUUUAAUUAGUAUAAAUUUUAUCAUGUACAAUAAAUUGAAGAAAUAAAUAUUCAUUUAUUAAAGUAAAUGGGAUUUUUGGGGGCUCCACUGAUAAAGAUAGUCAGUGUGCAUUUAUUAUACUUAACGUUUUCAAGUUCUAGAAUUUAGCACUAUAAUAUUUCAAAUAAUGAGAAUUUUAUAUAUAAAUGAAAAUCUUGAUCACUUACCUGCGCAGUUUUCAUUGUUAAUACUUUUUGCCUUAUGCCUUAGUUGUUUGUUUGGUUUUUUAUUUACUUUCCAUCCCUUUACAUUCUGUAUUGGCACUAGCCCUUUCUGGAUGUAUUGCAAUGGCUUUAAUUUGAAUCUGUGCUCAUUUAAAAUUAGAAGAUGCUGUUUGCUUAAUUUGGCUUUUGGCAAAUUUGGGAGUUCUAUCAUGGACCAAUUGAGGUGGUCUAGCAAAAGGAAAUGAUUCUGGAGGAGAGCAGACUUUAUCUGAAAAUACCAUUUGAGGUGGAAUUUUGGUGCGCUUCAGCCAAGUGUCACCGCAAGGGAAGGUAAUUGUAUAUUACAAAAAUAAAGCAAUCAGUGGGAAUAAAUAGAAACAUUUAAAAAUAGCAUUUACAUUACGUGAACUGUUACUGUUCCCUUUAAAUGUAAUGUAAUUAAUUAACAGUUUUCUUUGUUUGUUUGUUUUUUUCCCCCUAUUUUCACUUGACUGAAUUCCAAGAAGACAGUUUAAAGAAAGGAAAUCAUAGUGUACAGCAAUAUGAAUAAUGGUAUCCAAACUGUCAUAACAAAGGCUCAGGUCAGUGGCAAAGGAAGUGAGGUCUGCAUUAGCAGUUUGACCAAUACUAUGUAAUGACCAGUGUUCUUAGAUAAUAGUGUAGCUUGUGCCUUAGUUUGAGUUUGUGCUCUUUUAGAAAAUAACCCAUGUUCUCCCUCUGAUCAGACUGAGAUACAGUGAAACUACAGCAGGUGGUUUCCCAAAACUUUUUACAUUAUUUAAAAAAGUAAAAAGCACAUAUCUGCAUGCUAGUUGUUGACUACUAAGUAGCUCUUGCUGAAUCGAAGAGGGAAGGUAUUUUGAGCAUUUUAGGUAGCAUCGUCCACAACACAUGACUUCUGUAUUAGUCCUCUCAGUACUAUUUUACACUUAAUGUUCACAGUCCUGCAACAGUUUCCAAAGACACAAAAAAUUACUAUAAGCCUCUUGAAUAUCUAAGUCUUUAAUGCUGGAAAUCAGGGUUUUGUGGUGCUGCACACCUUGUAUCUGGCUUCUACUUUGGGAGGGUUAAGUUUAGGUCAAUAUUACAAGAAAUGGAUAUAUUUCUAGUGAAGUAGAAAGGAAACAAAACCAAAGGCCCACAAGUCUAAUCACAGUAUUUAUUUAAUUGUGUAAAUAUUUUAAUCAGUGCCAGAAAGACCAUAACUCGGCAAACCAGUUUACAGUAAUCUGUCUUUAGUUCCAGUAUUCCUGGGCAGUAGUAGCAUGUUACACUUGCACUUUUCCCCCAUAUGAACAGGAGAAGAUCUGGUAUUAAGUGCAUAAAUCCCUAUUGAUAAUCCAUGGUUAAGUGAUUCGCUGCUCAUUUUACACCUCCUCUGCUUUAAAAUCACACAUGGUAUUAAAAUAAAAUGGCUAAGAAGGUAGUUUGUAUUUAGAUAUGUUUUGCCUUAAUGGAUGCAAAAGAGCAGUGAUAAUUGCUGUGCAUUGAUUUUUUUUCAUAGGGCUUAAGCCCUAUAAAAACUACACCAAUGUAUUUCCAUUCCAACAGUCAGAGGAAAAUAAACAACCCUGCCUUGGUUUCCUGGAAUGGAGCUUAGUGCUACUGUGUACCUGGCUUCAGAGCCACCUCAGGAAGUCCCUUUUUUUUUCUUUUUUUUUUUUUUCUCCCCCCCUUUUCUUUUCUCCUUUUUUUUCUUUUAUUUUUUUUCUAAUUUAUUUAAAAAUAUGAAUGUUUACAUGAAGUGUAGGUCUUAAUUUUGACCACUCCAUUUAAAUUAUCAUCUAAAAUGUAUCACUUAAAAGGCAGUUGCAUGUUUAAAUUAUAUUCUAGACAACUGAUUCUUACUGUUUUCAUAUGUAUUACAGUGACAUGUUUCUCAUUCUGUUUACAUAUGCCCAAGUUAAUGACAGUUUCUUCCUAGAUUAAUUUUGCAGUUAUAAUAUUUUUACACUUGUUCUGUGAAAUGUUCCAAAUUGCCAAGGUUGUCAUCAUAAAAGCUUUUAGGGUAGAAUUUGGUGCCCUAAUGGUGUUUUUUUCCAACCAAGUAUCUUGGCCAUUUUUUCCACAUUUAAUGAAAGUUGUUCCAUAAGUUACCAUUUGCUUCAUUCACUUUCAUCUCUGUCUUUAUAUGGUAACUUCCUAAAGGCAGGUUCAACAGGCUGUAAAAUAUAUCUGUAACAAAGAGUUGCCACAUCACAGAGCCUGCACCAUUCUGAAGGGUUUGUCUUGUACAUAUGUUCUGUAAAUCAUAAGGUAAAUGGUUCAUGACUUUCAGUUCAUAAAUUUAGUCUGUCAGAUGAACACCACAGCGAGCUUAGUUUUCUUUUUGCUUUCUUAUGAUUAGUAAUGUUUUAAUUACUCAUCUAGGACAAAAUUAUCAAGUUUAUAUUAUCAAAAUUACAGUACAAAUGUGUGAAAUAUUUUCUUUAUACGAACAGUAAUUUAUUUUAUGGCAAAUUUUAAGACUAUAGAGGCACACAGCUUUGAGUCAGCAUAAAUGUAGUGCUAUAAAUAAAGCAAAUUGCUCAGUAUGUUUAAGUCGAUUUUAUUUUAUAAUGUUUUUAGUGAAAACCUCUAGAACUUUGUAGUUGGCAUUGAAGUUAACCUAAAGACACUUUCAUAUUGAAUUUAGUAUCUGUUGACAUUUAUUUGGAAUAAUGAAUAAGUUUGAAAAUUGAUACUUUUCUAAAUUAUUUUAUUGGAAAGACACAUCAUUUAUAGUAUUUUCUUUUCUAUUGUUGCUGAUGCUCCUGUGCAAAAGUGUCUUCCAGGUUCGGCUUCUGCGGCUGAACUGAGGUUUUGAUUUUAAUACUCUUUGUUUGAAAUGUGAUUACAUUCUGUACGGUUUGAAUUUUUUACAACUGCUUUUCUAAUUACAGUGACAUUUUCUUACUUUAUAACCAAAUCCAAAGCAAAUGAAAACAUUAUUCCAACUGUAGAAUCAACAUUCAGUUUAUACAGAAAACACAACUCUCAGACUUGUCUUUAAUGUGAAAGAUUGAGCCUUUGUGUUGUUUUAAUUACUGCUAGAAUAAAAUUAUCUUUUGUAACAUUUCAGAAAGUUGGUAAAAGCAAUAAAAAAAAAAAUCUCCUGGACUCUA